GCCACUCCGCCCCGCCACUGUGGACGGCCUGUAUAUCGUCCUAGUUCCUGCCUUUGCACCCUCUCUUCCACAAACCCAAACUCGGUCUCACGGACUCAGUCAUCAAUGGAGGUAGAGCACAUACGAAAUUGCGAGGUGACUCAUCGCGUCACGAAGAAGCCCAUAGUGACCUCCCUCUUCAUAUCCGAUUCCGAAAUACGAGAGGAGUUCUCUCGCCACCUGUCCCCGGCGUCGCUCGAAUCAACAAUGGGAAUUUCGGGAGCUGUCCUGGUACUGUACUCGCGGCUCAGAGGCAGUGACGAGAAAGGUUUCUACAGCAGCCAGAUGAUUUCUACUUCAACACUGUCUGAACCGGUAUCCUAGGUCACGAACUGUCAUUAAAGACCUCUCGACGCCGACCUUGUUGAUAAGGUUUCACUUGUCGACAACGCCACAACUGCUGCAGGUAUCGUGCCUCAGCCGAUUGGCCGUUGGUUUGCGGAGGGGAUGUUCCAGAAGAACGACGCCGUUUUGAUGCUUCACUGCGCGUUCCAAGCCGUGAAGAAGGCGAUUCAGGCGGGCGUGACGCGCGCAGGUGGGUCAGUUGUUCAGGUUCCGUUACCAUUUCGGGUGAAUUCAGAGGAAUCAAUCAUUGCGGAGUUCAGGAAAGCGAUAGUGAAAGGGAAACCUAAUGGUAGAAGAAUUAGGUUAGCUAUUAUCGAUCAUAUCACGUGAAUGCUGUCUGUUGUGAUUCCGGUGCAGGAAUUAGUCCGUAUUUGCCGAGGGGAGGGAGUAGACCAGGUUUUUGUGAAUGCAGCUCAUGCAAUUGGAUGGGUUUAUUACAGGGUAUGCAGGGAUUUCUCAACAGGUGUAUAACAAAUGGGGGGAUUAUGAGAAGUUCAGGAAUGCUAUUAAUCAGCUAGUUGAGGAUGGAAAAGUUUGCAAAAUGCUUUUGAUGCGAUGAAGAGGUAAGCUUUUUAGUAUCUGUUGGAUAAUUUGCGUCAAGAUUCAAGAAGCAUAAGCUAUUGCGUUCAUUGUAAGUGUUGCCAUUCUUUUUUCCUCUAGUGGCAGACCUUCUUGUCUAAUCUCUAAGGCUGUAUGAUAAGGAUGUAACUUCUUAUCUCAACUUGGUUUUGCUGAUCAAUUUUAGUAUAAAGUUGGCCUCUUGUU